AUGUUUCGUGCCACUUCUUCGAUAUUGCGCAGCACAGCUGCUCGUUCAGUUUCUCGCCGUUGCUUGAGCCCCUCUACCAUCAUGGCUUAUAGCACUCGUGCCACUUCCUCUGCCUCUUCUGCUUCCUCUACACGCCUGUGGCUCGGAGCCACCGUUGCUCUUGUCGGAGCCGGGGCUGUUGCCACACAACUCACCUCGUCACCUGUUCUCCUUGACUCCAAGCCCGAAAGUUCUUCUUCCACAGAAAAACCCACCGUUUCUGAGGCUCUGCUGACUGCUGCCGACACUGUCACCUCCAGCAAGGACACCCUUUUGUCUACCGCCGUCGACGCUGCCGUCGAUGCUGCUGAUGCCGUUGCUGCCCAAGCUGGCAUCGAAGACGCCGUCGUGGCUGCCGUUCAAGGCGUCGAUAGUGCUGUUCAGGCCCUGAGCGAGGACCUUGCCCAAGAGCUUGAAGAGCUUUCUGAGGAGUACAAAAAGGAGGCCGAAGAGCUUGUUGCUGAGGCCGCCGGUGCUGCUGCUGGUGCCGAAGCUGCUGAGCCUGAAGAGGCCGCUGUCCCCAACAAGGGUGCCUUCGAUCCUGAUACCGGUGAGAUUAACUGGGACUGCCCCUGUCUUGGUGGUAUGGCACACGGCCCCUGUGGCGAGGAGUUCAAGACUGCUUUCUCGUGCUUUGUCUAUUCAGAGGCCGAGCCCAAGGGUGUUGACUGUAUUGAAAAGUUCUCUGCUAUGCAAAACUGUUUCCGUGAGCACCCAGAGGUUUACGCAGAGGAACUCCGUGAGACUGAGCCUUUCCCUGAAGAGACUGCCCAGGCUCCUGUUGAGGAGGUUGAGGCUGUUAUCGUUGAGGCUCUUCCCGUUGAACCUGUUGCUCUUGAGAUUAUCGAAGAGGUUAUUCCUGUUGAAGCUUCUUCUAAGAGCAACUAA